AUGUCUAUAAUGCCAAUAUCAACAAAUGAUUAUCAUCAACAAUAUUUUUCAUCGAUAAACUUAUUACCAAAAAUUCCACGAACAAAUAAUCGUAUAACAAGUUUUUAUAUUAAUGAUAUACUUGGUGAUACAAUAAAAAGUUAUAAAGAAGAAUAUUGUCAAUCAAUUUUAACAAAUAAUAAUGAAGAUUUAUUAAUUAAUAUACAAAAGAAAAAAAAGAAAAAAGCUCGAACAACAUUUACAGGUAAACAAAUAUUUGAACUUGAAAAAAAAUUUGAAGAUAAAAAAUAUUUAUCAUCAACUGAACGUGCUGAAAUGGCAACAUUACUUACAGUUACUGAAACACAAGUUAAAAUUUGGUUUCAAAAUCGUCGUACAAAAUGGAAAAAAGCAGAAAAUAUAUCAAAUGCUGAAGCAGCUGAACAUAAAUUAGGUAUAAGAAAAAUGUCAACAUCAUCAACAUCAUCAUUAGAUAAUAAUCAAAAACAACUUAUACAAGUAUCUAUAGAUGAUAAUACAAGUAGUAAAAAUAGUAUUUGUAGUUCAAUGGAUUCUCAUCGAUCAGAUGAACAAAUUUCUAAUACAUCAACACUUCCUUUACUUUAUUUUAAUGAUUUUACACAUUUACUUCAAUCAUCAACAUCAUCAACACUUCAUGAACAUUCUUAUUCAAUUUCACCAUCAACUUCAUCAUCUUUAUUAAAUCAUGAAAUAAAUCAUUGUUCAUCUUCAGGUUCAACAUCUGUUAAUGAUAAUAAUGAUGAUUUUAAACGAAAUAAAAAUAUUCGAGAAAGAGAACGUAAUUAA